UCAAUAUUUUACUAGAUGUCUUUGUCCCAGGCCGCCACCACCAUGAUACACAAAGUGGGCCAAUAUACUACUUGUGAUUCAGAAGUUUAAAGUAUGUUUUAAGUGACAAUUGACACCAGAAUCUAGAUCUAGAUCUGUAUCUGAUUUACUAAAUGACAAUAUUGUAGUUCUUUCGGUAUGUAGACCUAACAAAAUGAAAGCCACUCUGCAGUAUUUAUUCUUCGGCUUUGUUUGCCACUGUAACCUUGACCCAAAAAGCUAAAAAUAGACCGGUGUGUUGACGAACCACCCGUAACCACCUAGGUGAACCACUCUCUCUAGCAGAAUUUACUCGGCAUAGGCUAAAUACUGGGCCUGAUGUCCUGCGCAUUCGGUAAUCUCACGAUAUAGCGUCGGAAAUUAUCGGACUGCCUAAUUUUAAAGUAAAAUCCUUGAGAAAGUGACAAACAAGCAAAUGCAUUCUGUGGAUCUACUAAGAAGAUGAAUAGCAAAGAUCCUACCUCAUCAAGUAAUGCUCUGCUAGAAAUUACUAAAGUCUUUAGUCUUGCCGAUAGCAUUACUAUCAAUGAUGAUCCUCAAAGUCCACCAGUAUCCAAGAUACAAAAAAACACCAAAGAAAAAAGUGCACACCUUAUACCAACAAAUGUUCCACUUCAGUCUGAGCACAGGGGGGCUGGGAGAAGAAAUUCUGAUGAUCCAUAUGAGGUUCAUGCAGCAGAAGAUCCUGUUUUCAGUCAGACAACCAGUACAGCUGUCCCAAAUGCCUCCACAGCCGUGCCAGUAACUUGUUCCAGUGUGCCCAAAAUUUCAGUGCCUGAAGUUAUUGAUGUUGAUGAAGAAGAUCUAGAUGAUUGCAAACUGGUCAAAAUUGAUCUUAGUCAGCGCAAAUUUCCUUUUGCCAAAAAGUUCCAAAACACUGAGGUCAUCUGCCUCGCUGAGGACAGCGAUGAAGGUGAAACAGAAGCUAGCGCUUGCCAUGCUUCUAAAAGCAGUAGAGAAAAAUGUGGCAAUACGGCACCAGUUGUUACAUCUACUGACAUAUACAUUGACAGAUCAGGGUCACCAGAACUUGAUAUGGAAGUAGACGUAAUUAAUGAAAAUAUUUCAUAUACUUAUCCAGCCCAAUUGCCAACACCUGAAAUAGAAACAGAUGUGAUCAAAGAAAAUAUUUCUGAGCCAUCAAAAUCCCAAGCACUGAAACAAGAUUUAGUAAAGUACAAUACAUGUAUAGAUAAUGUUGUAGAUAGUAUGAGUACAGAAAAUCGUACCAAUCUUGUGAGUAACAGCAUCCCUCCAGUCACUUUGGCAGAGAAAACUUUUCCCCAUGGUAAAGCAUCACACUGUGUGAUCUCCUCAUCCACCACCCUUGUAAAUGAUGCAGACAAUGUCAAUCCAGUCAUCCCAAUUGCAUUACAUGUUAACAGUACUGUGGCAGACGCAGCGAGUGACGUGGCAGUUGGAGGCUUUUUGUCAUUGCAGAGUUUACCUGUACAUUUUUCUGACACUGUUGUCAUGAAUGCUUUAUAUUCAGACUCUCAACACCCUUUAAAGCUUCCAGCAAGCCAAACAUAUGCUGCUAUAAGACAAAAGCUUUCGAAUUUACCCCAGGAAAAUGCCAUGGAGAAAUCAGGAACCAGAUUGUUACCCUGUAAAAUAUGCUCUAUGGCGUUUGAAAAUAGGUUAGCACUUGUGGAGCAUACAGUCACAUGUCACAAACCAAAACAAGAUGCUGUCAUUAAGCCUGAGGUCUCACUUUCUGAGCUUACUGCCAGUAGUUGCAAAUCUAAAGAAGAUGCUGUCAUUAGGCCUGAGCUAUUACAUGUGGAGCAUACUGUCUGUAGUCACAAAUUUAGUCGAUUUCCAAUCCUUAUGACUCGAUUAAGAAAAUCAAAUGAUUUCAAAAGCACUUCCAAUGGCCUUAAAAACACAUCUUUGCCUCCUGUAAUGACAACAAGUGGUGUAGAAAAUGCAAGUCAUGCCAUCAUUGUGGGAGACAAUCUGAUAACUGCUCACUCCCGUCCUGAAAACCUGACAACUACUCUUCCCAAAACAAAUGUCCAUCCAGUUGAAUGCCACAAGGAGAAUGAGCCUGAAAACAGCUACAACUCAUCUCAUCAAAUAGAGGGCCCUGGUAGCAGCAUGACACACUACAAAAGUCUUACUGGCUCUGGUCAAACUGAGGGCAGCACGACACACUACAAAAGUCUUACUGGCUCUGGUCAAACUGAGGGCAGCACGACACACUACAAAAGUCUUACUGGCUCUGUUCAAACUGAGGGCAGUAAGACACACUACAAAAGUCUUACUGGCUCUGUUCAAACUGAGGGCAGUAAGACACACUACAAAAGUCUUACUGGCUCUGGUCAAACUGAGGGCAGCACGACACACUACAAAAGUCUUACUGGCUCUGUUCAAACUGAGGGCAGCAUGACACACUACAAAAGUCUUACUGGCUCUGUUCAAACUGAGGGCAGCAAGACACACUACAAAAGUCUUACUGGCUCUGUUCAAACUGAGGGCAGCAAGACACACUACAAAAGUCUUACUGGCUCUGGUCAAACUGAGGGCAGCAAGACACACUACAAAAGUCUCACAGACCCUGGUCAAACAGAGGGCCCUAGUACUAGUAAGACAAUACAAGAGAAAAGUCUUCCUGGCACUGGUCAAGCUGACAGCUGUGUUAAGACCCCGCCAGAUGUUCUACAAGAGGAUAUCAAGAUCAACUGCCCAUCCUGCCACUACCCCUUUGGCACCACUGCUGAAAGAAAUGAACAUCUAGUACGAGAAAAAAAGUGUGCACAUGUUCUUAGCUCCUUCUGCGCUUGUUGUAGCCUGCACUUGAGCUCAGCAGCUGAAAAAGAAAGACAUUUGUUGAAUUUUGAUGAGUGCAUGGUGCAGGAACUGGUACUUAAGAUAAAAAUGAAUGAAAAAAUUGAAAGCCCCAGUUUGAAGAAAAAUUCACCAGUUGAAAAACCUCAGUCAGCUACAGAACAGAGAUCUUCCAAUCAACAGACACUCCCUGUCAGCUCAGGCCCCACUGCCCACCCUCCACAAAAAAAACCUCAGCCAGCUACAGAACAGAGAUCUUCCAAUCAACAGACACUCCCUGUCAGCUCAGGCCCCACUGCCCACCCUCCACAAAAAAAACCUCAGCCAGCUACAGAACAGAGAUCUUCCAAUCAACAGACACUCCCUGUCAGCUCAGGCCUCACUGCUCACCCUCCACAAAAAAAACCUCCCGCCAUAAAAAUUGCAUUUAGGAGAUCUGCUAAAUUACAUAAACCUAGAUCUGAAAUCCCAGUUGAAAAAACAAACAAGUCUAAAAACACAAUCACAAGUGCAACUGGCCUCGUCAGUGACAAGAAGUGUGUGUCCCCUGUAAACCUGGGCAUACACACUUCUAACCAGACAAGUCAACAAGCCAUUCAUACCCAGCAGGCAGAACCUUGUAAGAUGAAAAACCUAAAGAUAGUUUUGCAGCAUGUGUCUGUCAUGUGCAAGGUUUGUAAAAAGACUUUCAAAGAUAGCUUUGAGUUUUCUAAACACCAGGAUAUUUCUGAAGCAUGUAAACAGAAAGAAUGUGUUGAAUCAGAAGUGUUGGUCUCACCUUCCCCAAAAAACUGUCUUCCUAACUUGUCCAGUAGUUCACUUUGUGCCGAGCAAGGUGCAGUCCCAGCUCCACCACUGGUAGAAUCUGAUCUGGAGUUCUCUUCAGAGGAAGACGUGUCCAGCUACAGCUCCAGUAGUGAGGCUGGCACUGUGGAGUAUAAAUGUAAAAUUUGCAAGAACUUAUUCUCUCACAAGUCCAGUUUCAAAAAGCAUGUCAAAACACAUAAUCCGCAUAUUGCUGAGAAGAAACAAGCCAAGAAAAUGCGCUGCAAAUGUUGUACCCGCAAGUUUACAGAUGAUACAGCUCUGCAAGCCCACCUUCUCAAGCGGCGCUUUUGUUUUCUAAAUGUUACCAAGGCUUACAUGAAUCAUUCCGUUGACUUCUUUAAUUGUGGUAUGUGUGGUAAGGUUUACCCAACAGCCAAAGAUUUGAGGAAGCAUGGUUUUAGAGAUAUGACCUGUCGCCUACGUCUAGUUGACCUGGUUUUGAAAGAAUAUAAAGCCAAGGCUGGCACUCCGGCCAUCCCUUCUUCAAGCACUGAACAAGUGCUGCCUGAUACAACUGUAAGCAGUAGCUCUAAGGACCCCCCAGCUGUCCAGUGUGACAGUAUAUCUUCUGACCUACCUGCCACUGAGCAUACUGCAUCUAUUAACCCACUUGCUGAUCAGCGUAGCACAUCUAGUAACUCACGGGUUAGCCAGCCUGAUACAGUAUCCUGUGACCCACCAGCAAUUCAGCAUAACACCAUUUCUUCUGACUUGAAUGUGCUUGACAAGAAACAAGAAAGUAGUCCAAGUACUUCAAAUCCUGCAAACGAAAAUUCUGCUAAUAGGAAUGUGUGUAAAAGUUGUGGAAAAUCAUUUCUUAUUUUAAACUUUAGGUAUCAUUUGUUAAGCAGUAGAGCAUGUUAUAAAUAUUAUGAUGAACACAGAACAGAAUGUCCAAAACAUUUAGCAUUUUGUUUUGAAUGCAAAAGAGGGUUCAAAAGUCUGAAAGAUUUCUAUACCCACAAGUGUGUGCCGUUUGACGUCUGCUGCUCCAGCUGUGGACAGGGGUUUAAGCUUAAAUCCCACCUGCGCAUGCAUUUAGCAAAGUUUGCAUUCUGUAGACAAGCUCUGAGCAAGGCAAAGCUGGAACCAACAGCACAAGGAUCAUUGAAAAGUGCCAGCAGUGAUUCUAACACUGUAGCUUCAACACUCCCAGAACUGCAGGCUGUUUCUGUUGUAGCAGAUACCUACACAUGUUUGCUAUGUAAGGCUGAGUUCCCUAACCACAAGGAGUUGUUAGAACAUAGCUACCAACAUACUGAAGAAAAGCCAUACCAGUGUAGUCGGUGUUCUGUUACCUUUUUUCAUUUUAAUCGUCUAGUUUCCCACGAUGGAUUUCAUAGAAGAAUGGACAAAGAAGCUCGCUUGAGUGCUGAAGCUACCCACAAGGAUUCAGCCCUGACAGAUGUGAAGCCAGCUAUCAUCAAGCAGGACCUGAGCAGUCCAGAUGGGGCAGCUAGAGACUUGUCUAGGCCUGCUGAGAACAGCUACAGUUGUUUGGUUUGCCAGGAGAGCUUCAACAUGUUUCAUCAGUUCAAAGUUCAUGUUAGAAAACACUCUAGGACUUCCUUCUAUUCUUGUAGCAUCUGCCUGAAAAAGUUUGCUACACAGGAUGCUCUUAACCACCAUGUUAAACAACAUGAGCAGCCAAGAGCUGGAGUCAAAAGAAAAUCUAUCACAGUCAAGGCACUGGAGCAGUCAGCCAAUGUGGUGGAGCAGUCAAGUAGUGCUGUGGAGCAAUCAGGUAAUGUGGUGGAGCGGUCUGGUAGUGUGGUGAAGCGGUCAGGUAGUGUAGUGGAACAGUCUGGUAGUGUGGUGGAACAGUCACAUAGAGGGGAAGAUGAGUCCACUAGUGAGGUGGAGCAGCAAAGUGCUGUAGAAAUGCCAGCAAGUGCCACUGAGAACUCCACUGUUUGUGCCAAGCCCUCCCUCUCUCCCACCCAGAAAAGAAAACAUCUGGAUGACGGUGCAGGAUGCAGUCAAGGCAAGUCUCUAAAGCUUACAAGUAGCUUAUAUGGCUGUUUAUACUGCCAGCAUUAUUUUCCCUCUGACCAAGAGAAGAGGAAGCAUAUGAUCGAGUCCAAGGCCUGCAAAGAUCAAAUGAAGAACACCUUUGAUAACAAAUUGUAUACGUAUGCUAACAGAGAUAGUGGACAGAAUUCUAAGUUGUGUGUAUUUUGUGGCGGACACUUUGCAAAUAUGUUUGCACACCUCUUGGAUUCAACAUGUUUUCAAACAUUAGAGCAGUCUGUGAUCGAUCACAGAAAACUUGAGAAGUUAGGAGUUAAAGCGGAAACAUGUGCUGAUGUUGCAAAACCUGCAGGGUCUCUGCCUGCGUUUCCCUGCAUAGUGUGUAAGAGAAGUUUCGAGAAGGAAGGUUUCUUAAAACAGCAUAUAAAGAAACAUAUGUCGAUGUUUAAAAAUGAGUUGACAGAUAUUGAAGGCGACAUCGCCUUUGAUGAGCACCUUUACUGCCACAUCUGCUUGAAAUAUUUAAAAACUGUGAAUUUUGUGAAACAGCAUGUGCUGCUAGGUCACUGCACCAAACCCAUAUCCCGCAGUGUGUACCAAAAUGUGGUUUGUAAAGCUGGUGCUUAUUGGUGCAAUAUUUGUGACAUCAAGUUUGAGUCUAGUAAAUAUGAUGAUCUGAUCACACACAUGUAUGAGAAGCACAAUGAAGGCACCAGCAAGCUUUUAAGUGUGUUCAACAGGUUGAGUGGCAGUCUGAAAGCUCAGUUAAAGAAAGCUGCAAAACAACCCAGCAAAUUCUCCUGCACACUCUGUGGUAUCACCAUCCUUACCACAGGGAAAAGGGCUCAUUACAACAUGCAUGUGAAAAGAGUUUUAGCUGAAUUGAAGAGCCGCCCCAUCAGCUCAGAGGUCAUCUGUCCCAUCUGCCAGCAUAGCUUUAACUCCGCUAAAGGUUUGAAACGUCAUCUUCAGCGACAUGACAUGAACGACAUUGCAGAUGCUAAUGUAGGUGCCAACGUGUUUUGUCGCAUUUGUAAAAAGCACUUUUCAAGUUCAGAACUACUGAAGGCACAUGUGGAAACUUGUCAUCUAAUUGAGUUGUCAUGUAACUACUGUGAUGGAAUAUUUUCUACAAAGAGAACCCUCAGAAGACACAUCAGUAGAGUACACAAAGAGUUGAAUAUAGCUGAAAAUGAAAAAAAUUCUGAUCAGACUGGAGGGUCUACUGUUGGAAUGGAUCAGGUUAAUGGGUCUAAUGUUGACAGUAUAGCAUCCAGCAUUGUAAAAAAGGAGUCAAAAAACUGUGAUGACCAUGAUUUAAGCAAUCCACAUCCUUGCCAGCAAGGUGAUCAGUCUUCUCAAGGGGCAGCAGCUUUAAAACUGCACACAGUAGACAUAGACCAGAAGCAAGCACCUGGUCCAGAGCCUCUCAGGGACAACCUGUCACAUGGUAAGCUUGAUACAAUCAAGUCAGUUGAACAAAUAAAAACCAAUUCCAUCAGUCAAGUUAAGAAGGAUUUGGAAGGAGAAUCUUCAUCAUUAGCCAAGGGGAACUCUGUCAAAUGUAGUGUCUGUCUGAAGGCUGUCAGUGCUGUAGAAUACUAUGACCAUCUUUCAGGUCUACACAACUGGACUGCAGACACAAAUUAUACCUGUUCUUUUUGCCAUGUCAGGUUUCCCUACAAGUAUUUGCUUAAUGAGCACACAAUUCAAUGUAAAAGUAAUUUCCAGUGUAAACUUUGUGAUAGAAAAAAUUUACAAAACUUGAGAACCCAUGUCAUUCAUUUCCAUAAAUAUGAUUGGAACAGUUACAUCAGUCAGUUUACAGUGCCAAUUAUCGCCAUAGAUAACGGUGGUCUUGAGAUUUCUAAUCUUGGCGUUGGGUUGGUGCCCCAGAGUAGCCUGAAAGUGUGUGGGUUGUGUGGGGUGGGGUACACUCAGCUGUCCGAGUAUACCACCCACAUUCACACCCACAUCAAGAGGUGCAGCGUCAAGCUUCAUGCUCUAGACCAACCUGAGGAUACAAGACAUGAUCCACCAAGUGCUGAGACAUCUGAGCAAGGUCAGGCAUCUGAUUGUGAUAGUGUUCCAGCUGCUAGUGCAGAAAUCCUUCCAUCAGAGCAGCAUGGCAAGCUGGGACCAGCUGACACAACACCAGCUCUAAUGAACACAUGUCAUCCUGAGCUCAACUAUGACCUCACAAAUGAAAUAAGUGCACAGGGGGAUAUAGCUGAAGCAUUGGACGAAAAUUCACUGGAAACUGUUGCACCUUCACUCUGGGAUUCUGAGAGCUCCAGUACAGAAGAUAACAUUGCCUCUUCAAUGAAUACAGAAAGCCCUGAUUCACAGGAAACAAUUGCCCCUUCAGUAAUUACAGAAAGCCCUGAUUCACAGGAAACUGUUGCCCAUUCAUUCUGGGAUUCAGAGAGCCCAUGUUCAAAAGAUAACAUUGCCCCUUCAUUCCUUACAGAAAGCCCUGAUACACCAGAGUAUGUAGCCCCUCCAGUGUGUAAUCCAGCUUGCCCUGAUCCACAGGAAGAGAUAGUUACUGUAGCACAGGAGAAAGCUCCAAGCAAGAAAAGAGAGAUGUGCUCAGAGGAUCCCCUGCCCAGCAAGAAACAAAAGCUCCUGUCCAAUGGACACAUAGAUUAUCAGUUUGAUGACCUCCCUGAGCUGGUCAUUGAGAAACAAAAUGAAGAUACCCCAGUACCAAAGAAUGAUCUAGAACUUCCAGACUUUGUCUUUAAGAAACAACCUGCGGAUACCUCCCUACCAGAUUCAUCACCUGACAAUUUCCUUGAUGACCCUCCUGAGCUGGUCAUUGAGAAACAAAAUGCAGAUACCCCAGCACUAAAGAAUGAUCUAGGACUUCCAGACUUUGUCUUUAGGAAACAACCUGCGGAUACCUCCCUACCAGAUUCAUCACCUGACAAUUUCCUUUUCUCAGGCACUUGUGACCCGCAGACUCGCAAUGUCUUUCAGGUCUUCACAGAAAGUGGUGCCACCAAUACAACAAGACAUGUAGAGGCCAUUCCAACAAAACCAUUGCAAGAGUCCAUUCCAACAAAACCAUUACAAGGUGACCUGUCAACUGGGGGGGAAAAAACGCUGAACAAAAAUUCACAUCCAUCUGUGGUCAUCUGUAAUCAAGAACGAAAUGUAUUUAAUUCUAUUCAUAUUUAACAUGGGGACUUUGAUGUGUAAUUAAUAAAUGUGCUACAUUGCACUGUUGUACCAAUUUUUUUUUAAUUAGAUUUUAGGGAAUAUUAUCUUACAGCUCAGUUAUUUCAUGAUGGUAAAAGGCUUUGUUUAUACCCUCAUAAAACUUAUGAGGUCAUCAUAGUCAUAGUGUUUCUUUAAACCCUCGUAAAACUACAAGUAUAAAGAUAGUUGUGUGCUUUGUUUUAAACCCUCAUAUACUACAAGUAUAAAGAUAAUGUUAUGAUUUAUUUGAACCCUCAAAACUAUUGUUAUGGUUAUCUCUUUGUUUAAAUAAAACUUGUGUAUGGAUUAUUUAUGUCUGGGAAAUUACAUUAGUCUUUUAUCAGUCAUCAGAAACUUAUCAUCAUCUUAAAAAAUAUGUACUUAAUAAUCAUUUUAGCACUAGGGCAAGGGUCGGCAACCUGCGGCUCGCGAGCCGCAUGCAGCUCUUUUGAUAUCAAGAUGCGGCUCUCCAGCUCCUUGAACAAAUACUAAUAAUCUUAAUAAAAAAAAAAAUAUUUGAAAUAAAAAAAUGUUAGUGGCUCUUUAAAAUCAGGGAAAUUUUGAAAAUUGUAACUUUUGGCUCUUCCGCUUCAAAAGGUUGCCGACCCCUGCACUAGGGUCAUGCUCACUUGGCCAAACUGGUUGAGCAUUCCCAGCAAAUAGUCAAGGCCAUUAAAAACUGUUGUUUUUUUUUUGUUUGUUCAUGAGAUUUUAUUUUUUGCCUGUUAAAUGUGUGAAAUUUAUCUAUGAAGUGAGUUUGAUAAUCGUAAUAGUAACAAUCUUCAAUUGUCAAGGUUUUAUUAAUUUCACUUUUUGAAAUGUCAUCUUAUAAUAAAUGAAAAUAGCAAUAACAAAUGUCACCAUACCUAGGCACCUAAACCUCUGCUGUUUUAUAGUGGUGUCUUGUUCAUUGCAUUGCAAUUGUUUUUUUUUUAUGUACAUAUUUCAAAUUGAUACGAACAUAAGUAAUAAUUCUUCUAUUUAUGUAUUCAAUGUUUGAUUUUUUUUUUCGUCCUCGCUGUUUUUCUACUUUCAUGGUUAAUAAAUAAAAUAAA